AUGGCGUACUUCAUCGACGGAAAGGAUUGUAUGAUAUCCGAAUGGAUUCUGCUGGCGGUUUCCUACGUGUUUGUCGCCCUUCGCGUCUACACUCGCCUCUUCCGUCUGCGCGAGAAGUUGGCCGUGUCAGACUGGCUCCUCAUCCUCUCUGCUGUCAACGCUCUCGGUCUCAUCAUCUGCGAUACCUUGACUUUUCAACUCGGUGUCAUGGACGACUGGGCUCCGUCUGUUGCUCUGUCUAAGAUUUCGUUCGCCUCCAACUACUUCUACGAUGUCGGAAUGGGUUUCCCGAAGAUGAGCAUGUUGGCUUUCUACUGGGCUUACUUCCCCGCCGACACCAGCCCGGGCAUGCGUAAGGCUCUGUGGGGCAUCACUGCCUUUGUCUGCCUUUCGUACAUGGCCAUUCUUUGGGAUGACACCUUUUUCUGUGGCAAGGACGUUUCCGUGCAGUGGUCUCAGGAGGACGGCGCGUGCAGCGUCUUCUACGCGCCUGAGCCGUUUAUCCUCAACUUCACGCUCAACUUGGCCUGCUACCUUGCUGUUUACGUCCUUCCCCUCGUCCUCCUGAUCCAAGGCGUUCUACCGCGGUCCAAGGGCUUGACCCUUACCUUCGUCCUCGGUACCCUAACGAUCUUCACCACUAUUGUCCGUUUCGUCACUUUGAAGAUGGGAACUGGACAGGAAAACCUCGUCUACCCGAUGAGUAUCCUCGAGAUGACCCUUGCCAUCACGGUCGUCGCUCUUCCAGGCCUGAAGCCCCUCGUCGAUCGUUCCUCGAAGCGCGAAUCCUCCGUGGACACAGUCGAAGUCAAUCACCAGGACAAGACCUUCUCUUAG